AGGAGCACGAUGCAGUGUGGUGAGAGAAAAUCCCACAGCCCUUCCACGUUUGACUGAGGUGCCUGGAUGGGGUCAGAGGCUUGUUGUAGGGUGGCAAAUGCAAAGAGAAUGAGCUGUGCAAAACCUGCUCCUUUAAUGCAGGAUUCCCCCCUCUCCUUGCCUUUUCUAGGUGCCCGUUGCUGCGCUGUAGGGCUCUGAAGAUGUCAAACAGCAACACAGCACAGGAGUCUCUGGAGAUAAUGAAGGAGUCUGAAAAAAAGGUGGUUGAGGAAUCUGUGAACAAAACCAAAUAUGUAUCCAGGUCACCAAGCAAGGAGGAGGUGGAGAAGGAUGGUGGGGAGGAGCUCAGCGUGCGCCAGGAGUCCCAGAGGAGAACAUCAAGUCAUGGACAUGCUAGAAAAAGAGCCAAGUCUAACUCAAAGCUUAAACUGGUCAGGAGCUUGGCUGUGUGUGAAGAAUCCUCCAGCCCCUUUGUAGAUGGGCUCCUGGAGUCCCAGGACAUCAUUCAGUUGCACGUUAGCUGCCCCUCUGACAAGGAGGAGGAGAAGUCCACCAAAGAUGGGGCUGAGAAAGAGGAAAAAGACAAGAAUAAAGAGAAGGCACCAAGGAAGAUGCUGUCUCGAGAUUCCAGCCAGGAAUACACAGACUCCACUGGAAUAGAUUUGCAUGAAUUUUUAGUAAAUACACUGAAGAAAAACCCAAGGGACAGAAUGAUGCUACUAAAGUUAGAACAGGAGAUUCUGGAAUUCAUUAGUGAUAACAAUCAUCACUCUCUGCCUCAAGGCUCCCUGCACCCUGAUGCUUUCUCCCUUCUCCACAGCAAUCAGUUCAAGAAGUUCCCCCAGAUGACCUCGUACCACAGGAUGCUGCUGCACCGAGUUGCUGCCUACUUUGGCAUGGACCAUAACGUUGACCAAACUGGGAAGGCAGUCAUCAUCAACAAGACCAGUAACACACGAAUCCCUGAGCAGAGGUUCUCUGAGCACAUCAAGGAUGAGAAGAAUGCAGAGUUCCCACAGAGGUUCAUCCUAAAGAGAGAUGAUACCAGCAUGGACCGGGACGACAACCAGAUCAGACUCCCCUUGCAGGAUGGGAGAAGGAGCAAAUCCAUAGAAGAGCGAGAGGAGGAGUAUCAGCGGGUCAGGGAGCGGAUAUUUGCACGAGAGACUGGCCAGAAUGGAUAUCUCACUGACAGCAGGGGCAACAGGGAGGGUUUGAGCCGAGCCUCAGGCAGCCGUCAGAGCAGCACAGAGAGCGAGAUAAAGGCCCUGGAGCCGCGGCCCUGGAGCAGCACAGACUCGGACGGCUCCAUGCGCAGCCUGCGGCCGCCCGUGACCAAAGCCAGCAGCUUCAGUGGCAUCUCCAUCCUCAGCCGAGGGGACAGCGUGGGCAGCAGCAAGGGCAGCGCUGCCAGCAGGGCCCCCCGGGCAGGUUUGGUACUUGGUGCCCCUGAAGCAUGCUGCCAAUCCCCUUCUUCACAGCCCAGCCGUGGCCUCCUGCCCUGCACAGCCCAGCAGCCUCAACCACAACCACCCCAGCAGCCUCCACCACAACCCCAAGGACUUCCACCUGCAGCCCAGCAGCAGCCAACCAUGAGCAACCACAUCAUAUCCCAGCCGGUCCCAGCGCUGCAGCCUGUUCAGUUCUCUCCAAGCUCCUGCCCCCAAGUCCUCUUGCCAGUCUCUCCACCCCAGCAGUACAACUUGGCCGAGGAGCUCAGCAGCCCCUUUGGGCAGAUCAGCCUCAGCCGUCAGGGCUCCACAGAAGCUCCAGACCCGUCCUCGGCCUUGUUCCAGCCCUCCCUCAUGUCCCAGCACCCUCAGCAGCCAGGAUUCAUCAUGGCAACCCCUGGGCAGCCCAUUCCCACCUCCAGCUACUCGGCCUCAGGCCACACGGCCCCCACACAGCAGGUGCUGCAGCCCCAGGGCUACAUUCAGCCCCCCCAGCAGAUUCAGGUUUCUUACUACCCUCCUGGGCAGUACCCAAACUCCAGCCAGCAAUACCGAUCCCUCAGUCACCCAGUGGCCUACAGCUCCCAGCGCAGCCAGCAGCUCCCCCAGCAGUCCCAGCAGCCUGGUUUACAGCCAAUGAUGUCCAACCAGCAGCAAACAUACCAAGGUGUAAUGGGAGUGCAGCAGGCUCAGCCCCCCGGGCUCCUCAACAGCCAGAGGAACAACAUGGGGGGCCAGAUGCAGAGUGUGAUGGGAGUGCAGCAGGCUCAGCCCCCAGGACUCCUCAGCAACCAGAGGAGCAAUAUGGGGAGCCAGAUGCAAGGCUUAAUGGUCCAGUACACUCCACUGCCUUCAUACCAGGUUCCUGUGGGCAGUGAAUCCCAGAAUGUGGUCCAGCAGCCCUUCCAGCAGCCAGUGCUGGUGCCAGCCAGUCAGUCUGUUCAGGGGGGGCUUCAGGCUGGAGGGGUGCCCAUCUACUACAGUGUCAUCCCAACUGCCCAGCAGAAUGGCACCAGCCCUUCAGUGGGGUACCUUCAGCCACCUGGCUCUGAGCAGUACCAGAUGCCACAGUCCCCAUCACCCUGCAGCCCACCACAGAUGCAGCAGCAGUAUUCAGGAGUGUCUCCAUCAGGCCCUGGUGUGGUUGUGAUGCAGCUGAAUGUACCCAAUGGCCCCCAAGCCCCCCAGAACACCCCCGUGGUGCAGUGGAGCCACUGUAAGUACUACAGCCUGGAGCAGCGGGGGCAGAAGCCCGGAGACCUCUACAACCCCGACAGCAGCGCUCAGGCCAGCACCCAGCUGAGCAGCCCCAUCACAUCUCCCACCCAGUCCCCGACACCGUCCCCCGUCACCAACCUCAACAGCGUCUGCACGGGGCUGAGCCCCCUCCCUGUCCUCACACAGUUCCCUCGGCCCAUGGGCCCAGCACAAGGGGACGGACGUUACUCGCUGCUGGGGCAGCCGCUGCAGUACAACCUGUCCCUCUGUCCCCCACCACUGCUCCACAACCAGCCCAGCUACAAUGCACACCAGGGGCAGACUGGAAUGAAACAUGGAAACAGGAGCAAGAGACAGGCCCUCAAGUCAGCAUCCACUGACCUCGGCACAAGCGACGUAGGCAAGUGACCUUCCUCCAGCAGCUGCCCUCUCACCAGUCCCACCACAGGAGCGUUGGCAGAGCCUCCAGACACAGAACCCAUUUGUGGAGUGGCUGUGGAGAUCAGCUCCUGGCUGCUUCUGCCUGUCCUGUGCACACAAACACCCCCCAGCCCAGCCAGGGCCGUGCAGCAGAGCCCAGGGGCAGGACAGAGGCUGCUCAGCAGCCCUGGGAAGAUCCAUCUGCCCUGAGCAAAGCCUCUGGGAAGGAAACUGAUGGAGUGAUGUGCACCAGGACACCUGGGCCCCAUUCCUGCUGCUGUGAGGGAGUGAUGGAAUGGGUGGGAUGGUCAGACAUCCUGGGAUCUUCCUCUCCUCUGUCAGCAGUGAGGGUCCAGACCCCAGCUCUGCUCUCCCAGCUGAGCCUUCCCUCCCCUGCUUCUGUCUCCCAGCGGGGCCUGGAGCUGCAGAGCUCUUUGGAAAGGCCUCUGAGACCUCCCAGGGCUGGCUGCAAGGGCUGAAAUCCCCAGUGGAUCAUUUCUCUCCCAAGGGGAAAGGAAUCCCUGCUCCUCACCCUGGGGAGAUCUCCACUUGGUCCUCAGGGAGGGAAGGAGAGACACAUCUUCCUUCCCCUCACACAGCACUACAAAGCUUUGCUGGUUGAGCCUGGGAGGAAAAACUCUUCAGUGGCUCUGCAGAAGCUUCAGGCUCGUCCCUUGUGUCACCUCCACGUCAGCAGCAGCAGCUGGUGGAGGGGGGAGCCUUUAAGAGCUGUGUCCCCCCUCCCUGUGGCUGGCACCUCCCUUACAUGCCACGUUAAUAUUAGCAAAGAAUCCAUCCAGCCAGCCCUCUGCUAAGCCCCAAAGCCAGGGCUGGAGCCAGGAGGCAGCAGAAGGGUUUGGGUACCACAGAGCAGAGGUGAAGAGGUUGGCAUGACCCUGGGCUGGCCACUCCAAGGGACCUGCAGGUGGGUGAAGCACACUGGGCACUGUGACACUGCACAUCUCAGUGUCCUCCCUCAGCUGGAGUCUGGGGCCAGGUCUGGGCUCCCCAGCUCCAGAGACACAGGGAAGUGCUGCAGAGGCCAGGGCAGGGCUGCCAAGGUGAUCAGGGGGUUACAGCAUCUCCCCUCUGAGGGAAGGCUGCAGGGCCCUGGGGCUGUCCAGCUCAGGGCUGGGCUCAUUAACACUCACAAGCUGUUCAUCAGGAGGAUGAGGCAGCAUUUUCUGUUGUCUCCAGUGACAAGGGGUGAUGGGCACAGGCU